ACAACCAAGGUCAAACAAACAGCGGCAAAAAUAUGUUUCAAAAGUGGCAAGUGGCAAUGAUACAGUGAUUAUAAAUUUAUAAAUAACUAAAUCAUUAAUCAGAUUAUAUUAAUAAUUUUAUUGUUAAGAGUUUUUGUCUUUAACUUAGUGUGCUACGAUCGUGGUUGAUAUGAGUUCGUAAACCAAAAUAAUUAUCUAUUUAUAAUUCUAAAGCCCGAAAACAAAAGGUGCUUGAUAUCACAAACCGAUGGCUCAAGGAUGGCCCAGCAACAUGGGUUUGAGUACUCGACCAAAGACAUCGAUAUUCCACUGUGGCUUGAAGACAUUACCAAGGAGAUGAAAGAGACUCAUAUUAUAAAUAUAAACGAUCCUAUUUCAAAAUAUGAAUUACCAAAUUGCAAAUUCGAUAAUCAUAGAGUAAUGCGACGGACGUCAUUAGACACCACAAUGGAUCUACUCCUGAAACCACAAAAACAGCAAGUAGCACAUUCUGCCGGCACCAUGCGAUACAACCACAAUAAUGGUUUUGCACAAAAUGGUCGACGGAAACCAAGCAUUAAUAGCGGUGAAUUAGAUUGGGGCAAUUCCGCUAAUGGUAUUUCGAAUGACUUUCUCUCUGACCUCCUCCCCCACUACGUGACGCCAAGGCACCAUCCCCUAGAUGCCAUUGACGAUGAUUUUAAUGACGUCAUCAUGGGUUCACGACUCUACGAAAAUAACAGAAAUUUUAGAAAACAAAUUUCAAAAGAAUCGAAUUUAAAUAUUCGCCAAAACCCUGCCAAGAAACCUUUAAAAAAUAAUAAUCAAGCUAAGAAGCAGAAGUCUUUAGUUUCAGUCCAUGGAAAUGCUCAAAAUGAGAAAGUGGAAACACAAUUUACUAUACCCGAGUUACCUAAAGGUAGAUUACUGGAAAUCAAAAUAUAUUCCAAUUGGGGUGAUAAGUUCUUCGUUGGGAUGAACGGUAUUGAGUUGUUCGAUUCGAAAGGCAAUGCGGUUGUUAUUGAAAAGGUAUGGACGGAGUCGGACACGGGAGACCAGUCGAAGUGCGGUCGCGUGGAGAACCUCGUGGACGGAGUGGUGCGCACGCGCGACGACCAGCACGCGUGGAGCGCCACCGCGCUGCGAGACGCGCCGCUCGCCCUCGCCCUGCUGCUGGACAACUACACGGAGCUCGCUCUGCUGAGGAUCUGGAAUUAUAAUAAAUCAAGAAUAUACUCGGCACGUGGCGUCCGACUUGUGCAGAUAAAGUUAGACGAUCAAGUUAUUUUCCACGGUGAAAUCGCUCGCUCAAGUGGCGAAUUAAAAGGGCCAUUGCCGACAUUUGGUGAUACAAUUAUCUUUACGAAAGAUCCAAAAAUUCUCGAAGCAAUCAUGACGAAUGAUAAAAAUUUUCAAGAUCUUUUAAGAGAUAAUGAGCCAAUGAAUGAUUCGAAUGCUAUUGAAAAACGACCCCCUACCGCCAACGAUAGCAAAAAUAGCACAAGUCCCACAAAAAAUGGUGAAUUCGAAGAAGAACAGCAAGAUUUAAAAUAUAUCGUGAAGCAGAUAAAAUUGACACUUCUUUCUAAUUGGGGAGGGAAGCAUUUGAUUGGGUUGACAGGAAUAGAUAUACUUUGUUGCAAUGAGUCCAUUAAAAUAGAUCGUGCUUACGCUUAUAAAUCCUUGAUCAAAGAAAAUCACACAUCCGACUUUAAGUACAUGGACUGUACGAGUCUCUUCAACGGGAAUAAUAUAACAACAGAGUUAGACGACAUGUGGUGCACCAAUUUUACAGCGGCUUCAGACUUUUGCCACGUCGUUAUCGAGUUUAAACAACCGACUGAGAUUACUAGCAUUCGGAUAUGGAAUUAUAACGCGAACAUGGAGCUUUCCUACAUCGGCGUAAAGCACUUACGUGUAUCGCUUGACGAGCAAGCGCUGCAGGAGCGUGACGUCAUGCUGCGACGCGCACCUGGAGACACCUGCUACGAUUACGUGCAGCACCUCGACCUCACUGCACUCGACCGCAGAUUUCAUAACCAAUUCAGUGCAGAUCCGGCGAUAGAUUGGCCCCUCUAUGAUAAUUUGGAGUUGGAGGUGCCGACCGGGUUCGUGCUACAAAUAAGCAUUUACUCCACUUGGGGCGAUCCCUACUACGUGGGGCUGACGGGCGUCGAGCUAUACGACCCGCAGGGUCGCUUGAUCGAAGUCACCGAAUCUAACGUGUGCGCGCAGCCGGCCAGCGUGAACGUGCUGGCGGGCAGCGCGCGCGACGUGCGCACGCCGGCGCGCCUCGUGGACGGACACAACGCGCGCGCCGACCUCGCGCAGCACUCGUGGCUCGCGCCGCUCUUGCCGCGCACGCUCAACCGGGUAUUUUUCGUAUUUGAUUCUCCCGUCUCCGUCUACGGGAUGAAAAUAUGGAACUAUGGUAAAACUCCAUCACGCGGCGUCAAAGAAUUUGGAGUGCUGAUGGACGACCUACUGCUGUACACGGGCACGCUGCCGGCCGCGCGCGGGCCGCGUCUGGCGCCGUACUGUCUGUGUCUGCGCGACACUCUCGCGCCCAGCGGGUCGGAGACGAGCAGCGCCACGAGCGGCAGCGCGCGCGCCGACCCCGCGCGCCGCCCCGCCACCGCCGUCACCGACCUGGUCGAGCCGUGACGUCACCGCCACGUCUAGUUUAUGUUAGACGAGAAACAUCGUUUUCUUUUUGAUUUUACUUAAAUCGAUGUAACUGUACUACCUUGUUGUAUUAUAACAAACUGGACGCCAAUUCUACUAACAAAUUGUCACUUUAACGCAAUCGAAUCUUAACAUAAUCAUUGCCGUCCAGCCGUUCUUAUAUUCGACCAACUUAUAUCCAUUUGCGAUUCGCUCGCAGUUAGUCUAUAAUGGCCCUCAGCCACGAUUAAGCUGAGGUUUAUUAUUGUGAGGAAUAGUCGAAGUUGAAUCUGAGUAGA